AUGACAUCCCGCCUGGUCCUCUUCAAGAAGCUCCUCACGCCCGGCAAAAUCGGCCAGACGCUCUGCUUAGGCAACCUCACAGACAAGCCCACCUACGACUAUCUGCGCAGCAUAUCUCCGGACCUGAAGAUCGUCAAAGGCCACUUCGACGCAGACGCUACAUCGUUACCGCUUGCGCAGACGGUUACGCAUGGCUCGCUGAAGAUUGGGUUCCUGGAGGGGUUUACCAUGGUUGCGCCCAUGGAGAUGGACCUUAUGCUGGCGGAGGCAAAUAAGAUGGAUGUGGAUGUGCUGUGUUGGGGGGGUACGCAUAGAUUCGAUGCAUUUGAGUAUGAGAAUAAGUUCUUCGUGAAUCCGGGAAGUGCGACGGGUGCGUUUACAACGGGAUGGACAGCGGAGGGGGAGGAGAUGGUACCGAGCUUCUGCUUGAUGGAUGUCCAAGGAAUCGGUCUCACGCUUUAUGUAUAUCAAUUGAGAAAAGAUGCGAAUGGGGUGGAGAGCGUGAACGUGGAGAAGAUUACUUAUACCAAGAACGUGGGAGGUUCAUGA